CUUAAAUAGUAUUCAUUAACAGUGAGAAUAUGAAUUGAUUCCCAGGUGAAUUCAUUUACAUAAAUAUGAAGUUCUAUACAUCAUAUCCUGUGUAAUUUAAUGGCGACUUAAUUCUAACAUCAACGGAGAACAUACUCUAAAGAUGAAUGUGUAUACAACUGUUUCUGUGUUUGUCACUGUGAUUUCCCUUACUUUUGUUCAAGGACAGCACUUUCAGAGGUUCUGUGUAUACAAUGGUUUUGCGAUAGCACGUGACGGUGAGCAUGCACUCCAGCCGGAAGACAUCGACCCCUUCCUAUGUACCCACAUCGUCUUCUCCUUCGCCGAGGUCGACGAAACAGGAACGAGGCUAAAGGACCCCGAUCACUUCGAGGCCAAUUAUUUAUAUCAAAGAAUUAUUCGCCUUAGAAAAUUAAACCACCGCCUCAACAUGAUUCUGUCGGUUGGAGGAUGGGAUAAGGGCAGCGAGGGGUUUUCAAAACUUGUAUCAUCGCGUGAAAAUAUGUUGAAGUUUACUAAAUGGGUGAUCAUUUAUCUCCGCCGCUUCGACUUUGAUGGACUUGAUUUUGACUGGCAGUUCCCUGCACUGAGAGACAGCAGUCUGCAGGACAAGAAGCGAUUCGCCGACCUUUGUGACGUGAUCGCCCUUGAGUUUGAUAUCGAAGAAAUCCCUGACAUCAAAUGGAAGUUGACCUUUACCCUCACCUUUCACCCUCUGCUUCCAGUUAUGCACUUUGGUUAUGAUAUUCCCCGUCUUUCAAGUAAGGCCCAUUAUAUCAACCUGAAGAUGUACGAUCUGUACGGCCACUGGGACGAUCCUCUGCUGGCGCGACAUCACAGUGCUCUGACGGGUCCCAAGGGAUUCAACAACAUCAAUGAUUUGGUGGAGAUGUGGGAAGAGAAGGGAGUUCCCGGUCACAAGAUGGUCCUGGGAAUGCCGUUCUUUGGAAGAUCCUACCGCCUGGAGGAUCCCGCCAUUUCAAUGCCUGGGGCACCUGCCAUCGGACCCGGCACAGAUAAUGGAGACGGAAUUCCUCUCAAGCAUCUAUGCCACCUGAUACGAAGUGGGUUGAAUGAGAGCUUCAUUCCAUCACAACAAGUGCCUUACCUGGUGCAGGGGGAUGAAUGGAUCGGCUACGACAAUCAGAGAAGUAUCAUGAACAAGGCCACCUUUGUUUUCAACAAACCUUUGGCCGGGGUAUUGCUCUACUCCCUCGACAUGGACGAUCACAAGGGAGCCUGUGGGGCGGGAAAAUUCCCCAUGUCCAUGUCAGUGAUCCACGGUCUCCAGGCGUACAUGCUGUACAUGCAGCGGAAACACAUGGCCAUUGGCGAGAUCUACAGGACAAAGAUUAACAGCGCACGCGUGUCCAGGAGAGCUUACUUUAUGGCGGGAAAAAAAGACAUGGUCGCAAAGGAGGAUAAAAAAAUCGCUGGAUUGCAAAAAGAACAAGACAUUGCAAUGGGCAAGAUGACUGCAGAGGUACAAUCUGCACAAGCCAUGAUGAACAAACCUUUUGAACUGCCAUCCCCCAAUCAACGAUCAUUUAAUUGGUAGACAUUGUCAGGAAUGUUAAAUUAAUUCUGAAGUUAACAUAUUUUGUAUUGAAACGUGAUUCAAUAAAAAAUGAUUUAUUUUUCCACCCUUUUAAUGAUUAUGCAUGUUCAAUUUUGAUUUUAGUUUACAGACAUAAAUGAUAAUGUUUGUUCAAGUUAUUUCAAAAUAUUAAUGUAUUCGUUUCAAAAUUGUUUUUUUUUUUUCUUGAGAAAAGGUGUUUGAAAAGUGUGUUUUCGAUUAAUCAGAAAGUAUAUGCACUGUGAGUAAAUAAACAACAAUGCCUUCAUGUAACUAUACAGUUAAACUGGUUUUUUAAAAUAUAUUUACUGAAACUUCCUCUUUCUGUAUUGUUUAACAAAUAAAGGAUUUAUUAUAAUG